AUGGCGCCCCUCAGCACGGCCGAGCUCGACGCCCUCGCCGCCACCGACGUGCGCGAGGCCAUCCCCCCCGCGGCGCUCCUCCCCGCGCUCACCUCGCCGCCCUUCAUCCCCACCCGCUCGCUCAUCAACUUCCGCGACGUCGGCGCCGUGCCCGGCAGCGCCGUGCCCCCGCGCCGCUUCUACCGCUCGGGCGUCAUGGACGCCGCCGCUGCCGACCCGGACGCCCUCGCCUGGGUCGCCGCCAACGUCCGCCGCGUCUUCGACAUGCGCCUCGCCAGGGAGCGCCAGCGCGCCCCGGACCCCCACGUGCCCGGCGUCGACAACGUCUGGCUCGACGGCCAGGAGGGCUACCCGGACCCCGUCCUCGCCGACUUUGCCGUCGACGGCGGGCGCCCCGCCUGGAGGACGCAGUACAUGAGCGUCGCCAUGAGCUACAGCCCCAUCAUCCGCGCCGUGCUGGAGCAUGUGCGCGACCGCCCGGAGGAGCCCGUGCUCUUUCACUGCACCGCUGGCCGUGACCGCACCGGAGUCAUGGCCGGGCUCCUCCACCACCUCGCCGGCUCCCCUCCGGAGGUGGCCACGCGCGACUACAUGCUCUCGCGCGUGGGCACGGAGCCCGCCCGCGAGAAGCUGCUGCACUUUGCCAUGUCCACCGUGGGCGUCACCGACCCCGACACGCCGGGCUUCGUCGACCUCAUCAGUCUGCGGCCCGAGUUUUGGGCCGCAUUCCUCGAGGGCCUGCAGGACGAGUUUGGCGGCUGGGACGGGUACGUCGUCAAGGGCCUGGGUUUGUCGCCGGAGGAUCUCGCCAAGAUCAAGGCCAACAUGCGGUCCUAG